AAAAAUCUUUAUUGGAGGUUUAGCGAAAGAGACGACUCUAGAACAAUUUGUCAAGUACUUUGAGAAGUAUGGGGAGAUAAUAGACUCGGUGAUUAUGAAGGAUAGGCAUACUGGUAGACCCAGAGGUUUUGGGUUCAUCACUUAUGAAGAUCCAUCCGUUGUAGACACUGUUAUAGCCGAAAACCAUAUUAUCAAUGACAAACAAGUUGAGAUUAAAAGAACCAUUCCGAAAGGAUCUGCUGAAUCAAAAGAUUUUAAAACAAAGAAGAUUUUUGUUGGUGGCAUUCCCACUACCAUGACUGAAGAUGAAUUCAAGAACUUUUUCUCCAAGUUUGGGAAAGUAACAGAGUACGAGAUCAUACGAGAUCAUGUGUCCAAGCGUUCUAGGGGUUUUGGAUUUAUUGUGUUUGACAACGAACAAGUAGUUGAUAAUUUGCUGGCUGAGGGAAAUAGGACUGACAUGAUGGGUACUCAGGUUGAGAUCAAGAAGGCAGAACCAAAGAAACCCUCAAACCCAGCAUCUGCUCCUGCAUAUGGUAGUGACUCUAGGGGGCGUGGAUAUGGUGAUAGUUAUGGAGGAUUUGGCAAUUCAUAUAGCGGUUUUGGCAGUGGCAGUUUUGGCCCUGCUUCUUAUAGGUCGUUUGGAGCUAGGUUUGGUGAAUAUGGAUACGGUGGUGGUGAAUUUGGUGGUAGAUAUGGAGACUUUGGUGGUAGUGAUUUUGGUGGUUACCGUGGGGACCCAUCACUUGGUUAUUCUAGUCGGUUUGGCUCUUACGCUGGUGGGUUUGGUGGGGGAUAUGGUGGCAGUGGACUAGGUUCAUAUGGCCAUGGAGGUGGUUAUGGAGGUUAUGGUGGAGUUGGCCCUGAUGCUAGUUAUGAAUCUGGUGCUGGUUAUGGUGGACCAGGAGGUUUAUAUGGAAGUAGGGCAGGCUAUAGUGGCAGUGGCCGUUACCAUCCUUACUCCAGGUAGAUUUUCCUAAGCGUUGUAGGAGUUGCAUUCAG